UGAAGGAAUUUCAUUUUUGUUGAUGAUGAGAUGAUAGGGGCAUUAGCAGUAAAACCAGUGGAUAUGAUAUUCAAGGCUGGCGAACCACAUGUUCUGUUAUGGUGGCGUGUACUGCCAUGGCGUUCCAAUAGCCUAUUAGCGAGACUAGUGCCACUCUUUGAUCUAUCCGUCAUGUGUGGGCAUGAGUUGAUGACAGACAUUUCAUAAUUGUACUACUACUUAUCCUCCUCCUCCUCCUCCUCCUCCUCCUGCCUCUUUCUCUUAUUGCAUCUCCUUUAUUCCAGAAUCAAGAAUGAUUCUCUGAUUGCUUUUCUCUGGUUUUGAUUUCUUAAUUCAAUUGAAUAAUUAAGUCACGGGAGUGAUGAGUAGGUAUGAGUAGGGUAGAAGGGACAAGGUGUACAACUGUGACAUCUAUACAUGAUUGUCAGAUUAGGAUUCCUGGUCGCUGCCUCCAUUGGAGCCUAUGCUGUGAGGCAGGUUAACUGCUCAAGGCGACGUUUCAAGCCCAACGAUAAUGGAGAAUCAACGCCGAAGCCUAAUUGGAUUGAAGAAAGUCAGAAGGAAGCGGAUGAAGUCUAUGAUUGGCAGGUGGAAAAAGAAGAGGAGGAGGAGGAAGAGAAGGUUAAAACAAUUAGCAGUGUGAUAAACUCAGCAGAACUGAUGAAAAGGUUGUGUCCCACAAGCUUGGAGAAUGAUGAUGAUGAUAUGCUGCCUGAAUUUGAGAACCUUCUCUCCGGAGAAGUAGAGGCCCCCCUUCCUAGUGACAAGUUUGAUAUGAAGCCUACUUCUGAAUAUGACAUUGAAAUGGCAAACAAUGCGUAUGAAUUGGAGAGGCUACGCAACUUAGUGAAUGAAUUACAAGAGCGAGAGGUGAAGCUGGAAGGAGAGCUGCUUGAGUACUAUGGCCUGAAGGAACAAGAAUCAGAUGUAGCUGAGUUACAGAAACAGUUGAAGAUAAAGAUUGUGGAGAUUGACAUGCUUAAUAUCACAAUAAACUCCUUGCAAGCAGAGAGGAAGAAGCUUCAGGAAGAGGUAGCUCAAGGGAUUGCUGCUAAGAAGGAAUUGGAUUUGGUCAGGAACAAACUCAAGGAUCUGCAGAGGCAGAUUCAGCUUGAGGCUAACCAAACCAAAGGUCAUUUGUUGUUGCUGAAGCAGCAAGUGACUUCUCUCAAAACUAAAGAGGAAGAGGCAUCCAAAAGAGAUGCUGAGGUGGAGAGGAAGCUGAAAGCUCUGAUGGAGUUGGAAGUGGAGGUGGUGGAGCUGAGGAGGAAGAAUAAAGAAUUGCAAAUUGAGAAGAGAGAGCUCACUGUGAAGCUGGAUGCAGCGCAGGUCAGGGUGGAACAACUUUCAGAAAUGACAGAAACUGAAAUGGUGGCCCGGGCGAGAGAAGAAGUGAGUAAAUUAAGGCAUUCAAAUGAAGAUUUGACAAAACAAGUGGAAGGGCUGCAGAUGAACAGGUUCAGUGAGGUAGAGGAAUUGGUGUACCUGCGCUGGGUGAAUGCAUGCUUGAGAUACGAGCUCCGCAACUUUCAGAAACCAUCAGGAACGAUUUCUGCCAGGGAUCUCAACAAAAGUCUGAGCCCCAAGUCCCGGGAGAGAGCAAAGAGGCUCAUGUUAGAGUAUGCAGGGUCAGAGCGCGGACAAGGCGACACUGACCUUGAGAGCGUUGCCUCCAUGCCUUCUUCCCCUGGGAGUACUGAGGACUUUGAUAAUGCCUCCAUGGAUAGCAGCUCCAGUAGAUUCAGCAGUCUGAGUAAGAAGCCCUCCCUAAUCCAGAAGCUCAAGAAAUGGGGGAAGAGCAAGGACGAUUAUUACACUGGUGCUUCAGCCUCCCCCACAAGGUCCCUAGGUGGUGCCAGUUCACCCAUGAGAACUAGCAUGAGCUACAAACCAUCAUCAUCAUCAUCAUCUGCCAAGGGCCCUCUCGAAGCCUUGAUGCUCAGAAAUGCCGGAGAUGCCAUGGCCAUCACCACGUUCGGCACAAAAGAGCAGCCCGUCUCACCCAAUACCACUGUGGAAGCUUCUUUCAAUCUGAUAUCUAAAUCUGUGGAAGGUGUGGCUGAAGACAAGUAUCCGGUGUAUAAGGACAGGCACAAGCUGGCUCUCGAGAGGGAGAAGGCAAUCAAGGAGCGAGCAGAGAAGGCCAGAGCACAAAGGUUUGGUGGCGAUGCUGCUUCAAUCAUUUUGCCACCCAAACUUGCUCAAAUAAAGGAGAGGGCUAAUAAUGUACCAGCUGCUACUGGUGAUAAUGUCAAUCAACAGAAUUCUAAUGAAGGCCUGGAUCAUCAUCCAGAACAAGUAAUGAGCAAGAUCAAACUUGGGCACAUUGAGAAGAGAGCUCCUCGGGUACCUCGGCCACCACCAAAACCAUCAGGAGGUGACAAUACCCGCAGUGAUUCUAAAAGCACCACUACUACUGCCUCAGCUGGUGAUGGCGUGCCACCACCACCGCCACCACCACCACCGCCGAGGCCCCCAUUGCCUACAGGUGCGCCACCACCUCCUCCUCCGCCAGCUGCUGGUCUAAUAAUAAAGGGUCAAGCAAGUGGAGACAAAGUUCAGCGGGCUCCUGAGGUGGUGGAGUUUUACCAGACUUUGAUGAAGCGUGAAGCAAAGAAGGAGACAACGUUGUUGCUGCCUUCAUCAGCAUCAAGCGCUGCUGAUAUAAGGAGUAGUAUGCUUGGAGAGAUUGAAAACCGAUCAGCAUUUCUCUUAGCUGUUAAAGCAGAUGUUGAGACACAAGGAGAUUUUGUACAGUCCCUUGCCGCCGAGGUCCGAGCAGCUUCCUUUACAAAUAUAGAGGACCUUGUUUCAUUUGUGAACUGGUUGGAUGAAGAGCUCUCCUUCUUGGUUGAUGAGCGAGCUGUUCUUAAGCAUUUUGACUGGCCAGAAGGGAAAGCUGAUGCCUUAAGGGAGGCUGCUUUCGAAUACCAAGACUUGAUCAAGUUAGAAGAGCAAGUUUCCAAUUUUGUUGAUGAUAUGAAGCUCUCCUGCGAAGCUGCCCUGAAGAAAAUGUAUUCACUGCUCGAAAAAGUGGAACAUAGUGUUUAUGCAUUGCUUCGAACAAGAGAUAUGGCAAUUUCGCGUUAUAGGGAGUAUGGAAUUCCAACAAAUUGGCUGUUAGACAAUGGUGUUGUAGGAAAGAUCAAGCUUGCAUCUAUUCAGCUAGCAAAGAAGUACAUGAUGAGAGUUGCUUCAGAGCUUGAUGCCCAAAGUACUGCAUCUGAGAAAGAGCCUAAUAGAGAAUUUUACCUACUUCAAGGAGUGAGGUUUGCCUUCCGUGUUCAUCAGUUUGCUGGUGGAUUUGAUGCUGAAAGCAUGCAAGUUUUUGAAGAUCUAAGAAACAGAGUAAAAACUCAAACAACUGAAUAUGAGAAAACAGAAGCCUGAUGCAGCUCCUCAAUAAUAUUUAUACUUCACUUGAGCAUUAUUUUGUUUAGUUUUGGUUAUUAAUACCUUAGUAAUGUUGAAAGGGUAGUAAAGGUUGUAAUAGUAUAUACAAAUGCUAUGCUAUGAUUUGUUUCUAAUUCUGCUUGUUCCUAUUGCGAAUGUGUAUGAGGGUAUCACCUCUUUUGAUA